AUGGCGUCCAGCUAUGCCCACGCCAUGGACAGGCAGGCCCUGCUGCCCGCCCGCCUCGACGGCCCCGCCGGCCUGGACAAUUUACAAGCCAAGAAGAACUUCUCCGUCAGUCACCUGCUGGACCUGGAGGAGGCGGGCGACAUGGUGGCCGCCCAGGCGGAGGAGGGCGGCGGCGAGCCCGGCCGGAGCUUGUUGGAGUCGCCCGGGCUGACCAGCGGCAGCGACACCCCGCAGCAGGACAGUAACCCUUUCCCUCCUGAAACCACUGAGGUCGUUCACCCCGCGGCUGCGGGCUCGUACCUUCCUCACUUUUCCCAUCCCCAAUUGUCUCUCCUAGAUGACCAGCUGAACUCAGAGGAGAAGAAGAAAAGGAAGCAGAGGAGGAACAGGACUACCUUCAACAGCAGCCAGCUGCAGGCACUAGAGAGGGUCUUUGAGAGGACACACUACCCCGAUGCCUUCGUACGGGAAGACCUCGCACGCAGAGUCAACCUCACUGAGGCCAGAGUGCAGGUGUGGUUCCAGAACCGCAGAGCCAAGUUCCGCCGGAACGAGAGGGCCAUGCUGGCCAGCAAGAACGCCUCCCUGCUCAAAUCCUACUCAGGGGACGUGACAGCUGUGGAGCAGCCCAUAGUGCCCCGGCCUGCCCCGAGACCCACUGACUAUCUGUCCUGGGGCACUGCCUCGCCCUACAGUGCCAUGGCCACCUACUCUGCCACGUGUACCAAUGCCAGUCCAGCACAGGGCAUGAACAUGGCCAACAGUAUUGCCAACCUGAGACUGAAGGCAAAGGAAUAUAGUUUACAGAGGAAUCAGGUGCCCACAGUCAAUUAACAGCUGGGGGCCUUGCAGAAGGAGAAAACACAACAGCACCCGUCCUGCUUUGCAACAGAAGAAAAAAAAAAGAGAAAAAAAA